GUGCUAACCAGACGGUAGUGUCUCCAACCUUUCUGAGUGAGACCGCGCAAAAUAUAAGGAGAGAAGUUCGAGAGAGCAUGGCAGGCCAAGGAACUGAUAGUCCAAUACAAGUCAGUGAUGUUCAGAACAUUGUGAGUGCCUCGGUUGGUUUACACCAAAUACAAUUUAUGAAAGAGGUUGAUAACAAAAUACAGAAAGCGUUGGACGAUAUGAAGCAGCUUAUAUUGUCGUUGCCAAUGGCUAACCCCGCUCCAAUGCCAACAAUGUUGUCCCCUAUUGAUCAUGGAGUACCCCAAACCGAGCCACCAAGAACCUUUUUGGAGGCACAGCCGUCGGUUUAUGGUCAAUUAGCAACGCCACCUGGCCAGCCAACCUUUCAACAACCACCACCUUUGAUUCCAGCUCCAAAUUAUGUGCCUAUCGGUCCAGCAGCUCCCAGAGUAGUAGAAGCUAGUAUCCAGCCGCCUCCGGUGCAAACACAAUAUGAGCAGCAACAGUCGCUACUUCAGCAGCAAAAUCCCCUGCCGCUUAUCCAGCAGCCGGCGGCCUGGUAUAGUCAAGUGCAGCAACUUUUGCCGCAGGCAAACCCACAGACAUAUAGUCAGCAGCCAGCGCAACGACUUAACCAGUCACAAACAGUAUUGCAAUCACAAAACCAGUUACCAUAUGUUCAACCGCAGCAGUUCAAUCAGCAGCAGCAAUUAUGGCCGCAGCCGCAGCCAGGUCCACAGGCUAAUUUGCGAUGUCAGAGUGAUUCUCAAACUAGGUAUCCACAGGAUACUUGGUCCAGGCCCGCCGCUCUACAACGGCCACAGCAACCGCCUCUAAACUACAACUUGGCAAUGUCCAUGCCAAGACCUCAAGAGUCCUUGGACAAGUUUAAAUUAGCUAAAUGGGGCGUAAAGUUCGACGGUACGAAUAAGACGAUGAAUGUUCAAGAAUUCAUAUUUAGAGUUGGAGCUCUGAGAAGAGAUUAUAGUUGUUCCGAUGAUGAGAUUCUGCGCACUUUCCAUCUCCUUUUAGAAGGUCCCGCAUUAGACUGGUAUUGGGACUACCGGAAAAUGGUCCAUAUUAAUACCUGGGAGGAGCUGGAAAAAGCCCUGUUGGCCCAAUACCGCCGGUUCGAGCAAGAGCAUGAGGUUCAAAUGAAAAUCCUGAACCGACGGCAGCUGCCGCAGGAAGCUUUCGACGAUUUUUAUAACGCGGUCAUCAAGCUCCGAAACCAGCAACAGCACCCAUAUGCGGAGGAGCAGUUGGUGGAGAUCAUGCGUGGUAAUUUAAAACCAUCAUUGGCUCAAAUGAUGUUUUCAAUGCGUCUUAAAACGUUGUCCGAGUUUGGUCGUGAAGUAAGGCGAGCAGAAAAUUUGAUAGCCAACCAAAGGCAACUAUACCAGCGAGCUAAUGUCACGCAUCGUGUAAAUGAACUGGUUUGUGAGGACGAGGAUUUGUCUCUGAUAGAUUUGGAGAUUGAUGGUAUUCGGUCUACAAGUCACUAUACCUGCUGGAAUUGCAAGGUCGUCGGUCAUAGUUUUGUCGACUGUCCCGAGCCCAUUAAUAGACAGUUUUGUUUCCGGUGUGGAAAGGAUAACGUGGUGGCUCCUAAAUGUCCCAAAUGUCAGGGAAACAGGUUCCGGAACCCGUCUCAAACUGGGGAGACGAGGUCGACCGAGGUUUAGGCCCAGUACAAAUUAAGGAAAAACAACAACAACAGCAACCACAAUUAAGAAUAUUAAAGAAUCCGAAUAGGUCGGAGUUUGAGUUCAAAUCUGAGCCUCGGCUUCGAGAACUCAAGCCCCUGCAUAUUCGGAUUCAAGAGUACAAU